ACUGGACGGUGGAUCUUUUGUUUGCCGCUGCAAUGGCUCCACGGCUCGAUCGUUGCGCGAUGUAACGCAAAACGAAAUUUACAAAGAUUUUUACGACUUUAAAGCAUAUUCCAUUUAAACUCUUGUUUUGUAAAUUCACAAAUUCUAUGACACAGAUAUCUUGAUAAAUUAUAAAUUUACACUACUUCUCGGUAAAAUGUCGUUCUUCUUAUCUACUUACUAUUAGAGUGAUUAUAACGUUAUAAUCACUCUACUUACUAUGAUACUAUGUUGUACUAUGGUACAAAUGAGGAGUGUAAAUUGGCGGCAAGACAAGUGUAGAUAUACGAUAAGGGUCGUCGACUUCUGUUAUCCAAAUUCCAAAUAACUGUUUUAAAUACAUAGGAACAUUAGUUUAAUAGGUAAAUUUUAGAUUCAUUAAAGUAAAAAGCGUAAAAAGAGAUUUGAAAUUACGGAAAUUACAGUUUAUUUUGAUGAUUUUGGAAUGCGAAUGGAUGGAAUGAAUGAGGAGAGUCAUAAAAGAGGGGCAAAACAGCAGUUUCAGCUGUUGCAGGAAAAUGUGAAUAUGAUUGUGUUGCAUAGAGGCACUACUCGCAUCGCGAUCGCACAUCGCACUGCUCAGGCUCAGGUUGCAGAUGGGUCGUUGGGUGACAUCUUCAUGAAUUGCGUGUGAAGGUGAAGAGCAAGAAGCAAGCGCAAAGAGUCGUGAGCAGUCGAGGACGAGAAGAUUGUAUUUCUGUGAACACAUAGACCUGAAUUACCCACCAGAGGUUUUCUUCUACAGUUCCACACGGGCUCAUUGCAGCUGCAAAUCCAGCGCAUUAGAAAUGGACUUCUUCGUGGUGCACGGUUAUCGACUCAUCAAGCCCUUUUUGAGAGUGAAAAUCGUCCCGUUCUCAGUUGGCGUCACUUUAAUUGGAAGUGGACUGGCGAUAAUCUACUAUUUAAGGAAAGACGAUGUGGAUGAUGAGUGUGUGAGUGAUGUGCCAGUGCGGCCAUGCAAAAGAAAGAGGACUUUUACUGAAAUUCAAAUUGAUAAAGAUAGAAUUGGUCAUUUGAUCGGAAAGGGCGGCAUCAACAUCAAGGAAUUUCAGGACAAGUCUGCCACCAGGAUCACUUUCAAAGACGAAGUGCCCACAGAUAACUUUCGAGUGUGCGUGAUUCGUGGUUUGCCUUCAAAUGUUCAGAAAGCUGAGUUCAUGAUCAAAGAUUUCCUUGCCAAACACAAAAUGGAAACUCUUGAAUUUUUCAUUCCUCAGAACACGUGCGGUCUCAUCAUCGGAAAAGGUGGAAGCACCAUCCGCUUGCUGCAAAAAGAGUCUGGGGCCAAAAUCUUGGUGGACAGCUCGGACUUUGAAGUCAAAGGUCAAAAAGUGACGAUCAAAGGCACCUCUGAAGAAAUUAAUAAAGCCAAAAACAUGAUCAAAUCAAAGAUCGAGGAGCAGUUCUCCCCGAGUGAGUUUUCGGGAAUUCAAAGAAGGCCCAAUUCCUCUGAUAUCUUUGAGUCCUUUGAAUCAUCGAACGUGGAAACCUUGGACUCUGGAAGCGAAGUUAUGCAGGUGCAUGUGUCAUCUAUGAGGAACCCAAGCUCUUUCUACAUUCAGAUUGCAGAUGAGAGAAGAUGCAAGCUGAAAAAAAUGGAGGAAGAGAUGCUCACAUUUUACGAAUCGGCAGAAAACCAGCAGCUGCACAAACUGGAGAGUGCAGGCGUUGGACGCUUAGUGGUGGCAAAGUACAGUGACGGCAAGUGGUACAGAGGAACCGUUGUCAAAAUCAAGUCGAGCUCAGACCUGCUGAAAGUGUUCUAUGUGGAUUACGGAGACAUUGAGUGGAAAAACUUGAGCAGCGUCCUUGCCUUGAAUCCAAAGUUCCAAGACCUGAAGCAUCAAGCCAUUCUGUGCUCGCUGGAUGGAAUAAGAAAAAUUGAGGAGAGUUGGCCAGAAGAAGCAACCGAUCUAUUCGAGUCGUUGACCUAUGACCCUGAGUGCAACAAGAAAUUGAUGGCAAGAGUAGAAGGCUUCUCUGCUUCAAACAACAAUGUGUACAUUCCAUCUGUUUCUCUGCGAUCCUUGGAAGAAGAGGGAAAUCUUUCUGUGACGGAAGAAUUGAUCGCAAAAGGGUUUGGCGAGGCCAUUACUUCGUCCAUUCCAAAUCUGGUUCCAGGUGGAGAUGAAGAUUGGUCCUAACUAAUUUUAUUUCAAAUGCUUUAAAAAAAACAGAUAAAACUAGACUGAAUAAUUGUCACCUUUAAAAACAUCAAGCUAGAGUUUCUAAACUGCUUUUCAUAAUAUAAAUUGUGAGUACUUUUAGUAGGGAUAAAUAUAUCCAUUAAAACUAUUAAGAUUAUAAGCUCUAUUAGAGUGCCUUCUCAGUAGUUGUAUUAAUAUAUUGUAGCUUUUGUUGAAUGUCCACCCUUUAGAUUGUAUGCUUUUGUAGUAGUUGAAAUAUGAAAUAUGGACAGAAGAA